UCUUUUAUAGGUAAAAGUAAAGUUCAAUAUAAAAAAAAUAAUAUAAUUAAUUAACUUCUAUUUAUAGGCCAUGAAAUCAACAAAUGACUGCCACGCUAAAUAGUGAUAUGUGGCUAUGAUAUACACAAAAAAUUGUACACAUACAUCCGUGAAAUCCUAGCCUUUUCAAAUGUUAGCUUGAGUAAAAUAACACCAACAUUAAAGCUCCAUUCUCUCCUCCACUUUAUAGUUACAUAAAUAAAUUCAUAUCUUCAUUUUCUUUUCUUUUGUUUCCAUCUUCUAGGUCUUUAAUUUCUCACUGCCACUAUUUAUGUAUUUUGUUUUUCAAGGUUAAUAUAAAAAUACUCAAAUCAUUGUUUUCUUUUAUACUAAAAAAAUUAAAAUUAAAUAAAUAAAAAAUCUCCAAGAGUGAUGGAAGGUGAAGGUGAAUCAAGUGCGAGUGUUUACGUUAGGCAACCUCUUUUGGAGAAUGAUUUGCAAGAUGAUAUUAACGUAAAGUUUGUUCAAGAAGGUGAUGCUUCGUUCGCGAAGACGCUCUUCAAUGGCCUUAACGCCCUUUCAGGAGUUGGAAUACUGUCAGUACCAUUUGCUCUAGCAUCAGGGGGUUGGCUGAGCUUGACAUUACUUUUCACCAUUGCCCUGGCAGCCUUUUAUGCCGGUUUGCUGAUCAAACGAUGCAUGGAAGUAGAUCCAAGUAUCACAUCUUUCCCUGACAUAGGAGAACGCGCAUUUGGGAAUAUUGGAAGAACAGUUGUAUCAGUGUUUAUGUGUGCAGAGCUGUACUUGGUUGUAACAGGUUUCUUGAUUAUUGAAGGAGACAAUUUACAUAAUCUGUUUCCAGAAAUGAACUUCAGCGCCUUUGGGCUAGAAGUUGGAGGAAGAAAAAGCUUUGUAUUGAUUGUUGCACUUCUUAUUACUCCUUCUGUUUGGUUAAGUAACAUCAGUGUUCUCUCUUACAUCUCUGCUACUGGUGUUCUAGCUUCUGUUGUGAUCAUUGUAUCAGUUGUAUGGGUUGGCGCAUUUGAUGGUGUUGGAUUCCACAACAAAGGGGAGCUUCUGAACUGGUCAGGGAUCCCUACGGCUGUAAGCUUGUACGGCUUCUGUUAUUGUGCUCAUCCUAUUUUCCCAACCCUUUACCACUCCAUGAAGAAAAGACCCAACUUCUCUAAGGUACUAUUACUAUGCUUUGUCUGCAUGACUAUCAGUUAUGCUUCAAUCGCAAUAUUGGGCUAUCUGAUGUUUGGUUCAAAAUUGGAUGCAGAAAUAACUCUGAACCUUCCGAUUGGGAAACUGAGCUCAAAAGUGGCAAUAUAUACCACAUUGGUCAGUCCACUUUCAAAAUAUGCACUGAUGUUAGAACCAGUUGCAAGUGCUACUGAGAGCUGGUUUCCGAAUUACCACAAAAAGAGAUCCUUCAAAAUUCUCAUCCGAACAGCUCUGGUUGCUAGUCAAGUUAUCAUAGCAUUGACUGUUCCUUUCUUUGGACAUCUUAUUUCUUUGGUUGGAGCAUUUUUAAGCAUUACUGCUUCGAUUACAAUUCCAUGCUUGUGCUUCUUGAAGAUUUCAAGUUCUAGCGUUGGAAGAGAGCGUUCUAUAAUCAUCGCGAUAAUAGUGUUUAGUAUAUUGAUUGCAAUAUUUGGUACCUAUACCUCUUUGGUACAUCUUAUACAUGGUAAUGCCUUGCCAUACUAACCUUAAUUUGUAUGAAAUUCUAUGAAAAUAUUGCUCUUUUUUUUUUUUUUCUUUUUUUUUUUCUUUUUUUUGCACAUUGUAUUUUUUAGUGUAUGCAAACAGAACUUUAUCCCACGUUAUGAAGUUUUUCCCCAAAAGUGUUACAACUAGGCUAGUUGACACUCGGAGCACUCUACACAACAUAUUGGUUAUAUAAAUUCUGCUUUAGGUUUUCAUAAAGAAGGUCUAGAUUAUUGUAUCUUUUAGAUCAAGUAUAUGAAUGA